CUGUAUUUAUAACUUAUUUAUUGUGGUAACCAAUUUGAGUUCCUUUGGAUACAUUUGUAUCUAAACCGUGCUUCUUUUAACCCACCAAGAUUGAAGUUUAGUGACAAAAUGGCCGACGAAAAACCUUCAAAAGCUCAAAGCGUCGUUCUUCACGGAAACGCAGCUUUCGCGAAUCGGUUGUAUCAAAUCUUAGCCAAAGAACGCGGAAACCUCUUUUUUUCGCCGCUGAGUGUCCACGCCGUCAUCUCCAUGGCUCACCAAGGAGCCAGAGAAGAGACAGCAAAAGUGAUUGAAGAAGUCCUUCAAAUUCCAGAAGCUGAAGUUACAGCGGUGGGUUACCGAGCCAUCACCGAAAGUCUAAAGUCGCUCGUGGACAUCCUCGUGUACUUAGCUUUCAAAAUAUACUUCAAGAAAGACGAAGAGUUGGAAGACAAUUUCGUUGGAAGCGUUCAAGAAUAUUUUUCGUCAGAAGUGGAGUGUGUAGAUUUUCGGGAAAAGAAUAAAGUUGUGAAGGAUAUCAACCAGUGGGUGGAGAAGCAGACCGCUGAAAAGAUCAAAAAUAUUGUUACUCCAGACUUUAUAACUGAUGACACGAAGAUGAUUUUGAUAAAUGCUAUUUAUUUUAAAGGUGCGUGGUGCACCAAGUUUCUUGCUGGACGUACAACCACUGAGAAGUUUUUCGUCGACGAAGAGAAUUCAGUGGACGUGGAGAUGAUGAACAAAAUGGACGACAGGUUGUAUAAGUAUGACGAAGAGCUGGACGCACAGAUUGUACUUCUUCCGUUCAAAAACACAAAUGCGCGGAUGGUCGUCGUGUUACCAAAAGAAAGAAACGGGAUUAGAUCUUUAGAAAAAAAAUUAAGUCAUCUUGGUUUUACUCGACUAGUAGAAAAUUUAACUCUCGAGUCCGUAAUUCUUUCACUGCCGAAAUUCAAGAUGGAGAUUACCGUGGAUUUGGGCGAAGCUCUGAGUCAGAUGGGACUUGAGAAUAUAUUCAGCCAGAAAGCUGAUUUUAGUGGAAUGUCAAAGACUUGUAAGGAAUUAUGUGUUGCAAAAGUUCUCCAAAAAGCUUUCAUAGACUUGAACGAAGUGGGAGUAGAAGCUGCAGCUGUUUCAGUUAUGAAAAUAACCAAAAAGUCUGGUAAAUGGGUGGACGAACCUGUGGAUUUCGUUGUUGAUCACCCUGCUCUGUUUUUACUAGUUGUUGAUGUGGAGGGUGCCAUUAACGUCUUAUUUUGUGGAAGGCUGUCUCAUCCGCGAUACUAAAAAUGCAAUUCGAACAUUUUGAAAUAAACUUUUUAAUAUACAUCGUUUUUUACAAAUAAGACAUUGUAAAGUAUAAUACACAGAAAGUUAAUACUGAAGGUGUGAAAGUUUCCCCUAAAACAAAAUAUUCAUGCUUUCUCCAAAGCUCCGUUCCAAUAUGAAGAUGUCCGGAUAGUCAACAACAAACUCCAGUUCUGCCUCAUCUCACCUACAACACCUCGUUGAUAUCAAUAAAGACCCUCUGGUUAAUUUUACCAACACAAAAAUGCCCGGUAUGGAACGUCUUGGGUGUUAUCCCCGAAAAGCCUGCCUUCUCUUUGUCAAAAUCCGCCCAAAAUCCAUCUAAAAUAACGAAACCACUUCAAAGUCAUCUCAUGUGUCU